CUUCAAUAUGGCGGCUAUUAUAAAAUACUUUGUUUUCCUGGGAAGUUUAAUCACAUAUAUUUGUAGUUUUCACUUUUAAUGACAUUCGUAAGGACACGUGCUGUUACGGAAAUUGGAAUUCAGUGAAAGGCUUGACAUCUUCCUCCUUGUUUUUGAGUCGACAACGAUACUUGCGAAAAUUACGAUUGCAUGUCAAAACUUGCUAGAACUUGUGCAUUUAAAAUUGUUGUGAAUCAGACAAGCACACGCUAUAGAAGCUCAUAAUGGCGUAUUCACCUCUACCCAGUGUAAAUCAGAUGAUGAUAUUUUGUAAUGAUGCAGUAGAAGUGACAUAUUCUGAUGGAUCUCAGCUCCAGUUGUCACCAUGUGGGACUGUGUUCAUUCAUGAGAAAAAACCAACCAGUCAUCCUUUGCAGCAGUUACAUAGAGUACAGCAGCGGACACAGUUUGUAACAAGUGAGUUCAAAGGAAAAAUCCAGGAAGCAUUGGAAUUUCGAAAUCACUUUGCAGAGAAACCAUUUAUUUGCCCAGCUCUGAUUAAUACACAGGAUAUAGUGACCAUGCCUACGAACAUCAAGCAGGUGCGAUGGGUGAAACAACCAAAUCAAGAAUACGUAAAACUACAUAAAGAUGGAUCUGUAUCUGUAACAUCAUUGGAUAAAUAUGCCAGCUUAAUACUGGCUCCACACAAACAAGAAUUCAGUGUUAAAUACAUAGCAGAGGUCAGUCAACAUUUGGAUAGAAAGCUGGAACCCAGGAAGAAUGCUACUUCCCCUUUAGACAACUUGGAUCAUGGUGGCAGCUUUACUGUGUUACUCAAUCAACAGCAUCCCACCACUCCCUGUGAUGAUGAAAUGAAUGCUGCAAUAGAAGGAAAACAUGGCACGUCUUGCACAUUUAUUGUGAGUCGUCACUCUUUGGUCGACUAUCCUGACUGCUGGGAACACCCUUUAAACUUAGCCAUAUCGGUUUCUGGUGGUCAAGGUAACAUAGAUAAAGUCCAUAGUGACAACACAAAAAAAAACAAAGAUAGUGUUAUUAGAGAGAAAACGGGUGAUGUUAUAAAAUGCUUACUGCCAAAUUCACUGCCAAUACGCUGUCCAGCAUCACAUUUGCAUAAUUGGAAUAAAACCAGUAAUGGUGUCGACACGGCAGAACCCUAUAAUGUGCGUCAAGAAAAACUGAAAGUUAUCUGGACAGAAAAUGUUGUUUAUAGGUUAUGCUGGGGAAGCAAGCCAUGUGUAGAGUUGUUGCCAGGGGAUGCUUCUAUCAUCAAGUCUAAAGGUCCUACUGGAUGUUUCUUUACACAUUGCUGGUAUAACAAUGAUAAGAUUGAAGAGAGAGUGUAUUCAGUGGACAAUCCCCCUCCAGAUAUGACUACACAGAUCUAUUCUGUAAGGAGACUCAUCACUAAAGCAGCAAGAAUAUUUCAACAAAUGGUACAACAUGAUAGUUAUUUAUUGGACUCUGAAAUAAACUGUUGUUGGAAGGUGAAACCUACUUCAAUGCAACCAUCUAUGCCGACAACAUCCGCCAUACUUGAACAAUGUUGUGUGGAUAAUCUUGGUAAAUUUACUGCCCACACUAAUGGCAGAGUUCAUAUUGUGUUUAAAGACAGGACUAUGUUAGACAUGAGGUGGGAUUUUAGUAGUCGACUAAAGAAGAUGUAUCUUGAUAAGGAUGAUCAGGAGGACAACAGUGAAAAUAGACCACCGUAUAUUGACAAUGAUCAGACAAUUCCUGCGGGAGCAUGCCGUCUUCUACUUUCUAAUGGGCAAUAUCAGAUUGUUAAUUUACAUCAAUCACAGGGAUUCACCAAAUAUGUAUCUCUGGCAAUGGAAUGGGUAACCUGGGUAAACAGCUCACCAAAUGAACGAAUGAAUUUCUAUGAGGGAAGGGAUAAGGACUUCACAAGCAGCAGGUCUGUGGCUGCGGAAUUACAGAAGAUCAAGUGUUUUAAUUAUUUGUUGGAGAAUUGCAGUGCCAACACCAACACCUGUCAACAGUCAGUAAUGAGCAAUCACAGUGGACCGGGAAUGGUACAAGAUGUGCUGAAGAGAACGUCACAGACAAUAAAUGAUAUCAAUGCACUUUUAGACAAAUCCUAACUGUGCUAAUAGGGUGAUGUGAUUGGAACAAAGUCUUGCACCUUCAACACAUUGUCAUGUGAUGCACUAUUUUCUCUCUCACCCUCAGUACUUUUACCACUCUUGAUCAUGUAACAAAUUGUUAAUUAGUAAUUCAUAAUUUUAAGGUGAAAAAGUUGGGUUUCAACUAUGACUUUAUUAUUGGGAGUCAGUAUGUAUAACCCCUUUGGGUAGACAUUUGAUGUAUGCAUUCUCACUGCCAUUGUUUGUACAAUAAAGAUAAAUCUGACAACUAAUUUAAAAUUAAAAAUACUAAUGAUAGAUGUAUUUAUUAAGCAAUAAAUAAAAACCCACAA